UAUGCCCGAGUGCGGCGGGGUGCGGCGCGAUGGCGUUGGUGUGGGGGUGGCGUGGUUUCGAGGCGGCGCGGUAUCGAUUGGACUGCGCUGGCUCUGCUGUAUGGCACCGACACUGGGCACCACUCUCAGGGCUAGUGCAUCUAGUGCCAAUGGAAGAGGAAGAGACGAGAAGAUGCUGGCCCGUGCCAAGGAUGCACCUGCUUUUGCUGCUGCUGCUCGUCUCUGCUCAGCCUGGCAACGGGGAAGCUCAUGAUCCCAUCAACCCGCAAAGUGUUCAGCAAUGGGCGAAAACACUGGGCAUGGAGCUGUGGACGUGCGGCAAAUACGUCACGAGAAGGGACGACCUCCUCGAGAGGUACAAUAAACAACAUGCGAAUGUGAUAGAGAGAUCAGGCUCAAACAUCGUGCUGGAAAUGGCCAAAGAAGUCAAGGAGAUGAUGGACCUCAAAAUCAGCGCACUUAAGAGAAUAAUGGACGCCGCUGAAGCCACUGCCAUAUCCUCCCACGAAGAGUUGGUCCUAGAGCACGAGUACUGGAACGCAAAGCUAAUAGUGCCCCAGGGAGAAGAAGUGCCCGAGGGCAGCCGAGAAAUGGUUCUCACCCCCAACUCCCAUUUCUACAACAUUCCAGUCAACACUUCCUUCUCUACGGUGCAUGUGCCAACAAAUGUGUUUGACGGAGCGCCCGACGUCAUGCGCGCGAUAAAAUGGUCUGAAAACCUGGACAGCAUAUUCAGUAACAACUACAAAUUUGAUCCGUCGCUGUCGUGGCAAUACUUUGGCAGCUCGUUCGGCUUCAUGCGUCAAUACCCAGCGCUGCAGUGGAAGCAGGAACCAGUAGAUUUGUACGACUGCAGGACCAGAGGCUGGUACAUCGAGGCCGCGACCAGCGCCAAAGACGUCGUCAUCCUGGUCGACUUUUCAGGCUCAAUGACCGGGAUGAGAAAGGAGAUCGCUCGACACGCCGUCAACAGCAUUUUGGACACACUAAGCAACAAUGAUUUCGUCAACAUUUUCACCUUCUCAGAGGAGACGCAAGAGCUCAUUCCAUGCUUUCGAGACACCCUGGUUCAGGCUACUCUCGCCAACGUGCGAGAGUUGAAAGGGAGCCUCGAAGAACUGGAGACCAAAGACAUAGCCAACUUUACCACAGCUCUCACAAGAGCCUUUGAGUUGCUGCAGUGGGCUCGUGAGGAGCGUUACGGGGCCAUGUGUAACCAAGCAAUAAUGCUUGUGACGGACGAAGUUCCUGCUCUGUACGAAGAGAUAUUCCAAGAGUACAACUGGAAAGAAUUGCCGAAUAUGCCGGUGAGGCUGUUCACAUACUUGAUCGGCAGGGAAGUACCUGAUGUGGAGCGCAUCAAGUGGGUCGCCUGUGCGAAUCAGGGAUAUUACGUGCACCUAAGUACUUUGGCAGAGGUCAGGGAGUCGGUCCUCAACUACGUUCAGGUCAUGGCCAGGCCGAUGGUCCUGAGGCGAACGGAUCAUCCCGUCACUUGGACUCCAGUUUACGCCGACGUGACCGAUCCGAAAAUGACCGACUGGUUGUGGGAAAUGAAAGAGUGCGCCGAGCAGAAGGAACGAUUCGAGAGCUAUCGAAAGAACAAAGAAAAAUUCGACUCGAAGGAGGAGCAGGACCGGCGCUAUGCUAAAAAGCUCAGAAGGACCCAAGACCAGACGAGCGGAGACCUCAUCAAGUAUCAGCUCAUGACGUCCGUCUCGAUGCCCGUGUUCGACACGCGCGACAAUGCAAACAUUACAGAGCGAAUACUUAUUAACGAGGCGUACUGGGUAAAACGCAGACGAGAGACCCGAGUGGCCAAUCUGUUGGGCGUCGCUGGCACCGACGUCCCCAUUCAGGACAUACUCAAACUGUUGCCACCGCACAUGCUUGGUGUCAACGGAUAUGCCUUUAUUGUCACCAAUAACGGCUUUGUCCUGACGCACCCUGACCUUAGACCGGUGUUCCAAGACAUCCUCAAGCCCAGCUAUAAUAGCGUGGACAUGAGUGAGGUCGAGUUGAUGGACACUGAGACUGAGGCUCGUGAACUUAGUGACGCCAUGAAAGCGUUCCGUGAUGCCGUGAUUAACCAAUCCACUGGCACCGUUACGCUCGACACCAGAUACCAUUUCGACGGCAUGCGGCGGGCGUCCCGUAUACGUCGGCACUACUACUACACAGCCAUAGCAACCACCCCUUUCACCUUGGUCGUUUCGCUGCCGGACAAGUACGGCGCCAGCAAGGUCCACGGGGUGGAGGAAAUCAGAAGAAGCGUGGCCGAAGGUCAACACAUCAUGUCCUACUUCAAGGGGAAGGACUGGAGGGUGCACCCUGACUGGAUCUACUGCAAAUACCACUACGACACGGAGCACGAGUUCGACUCGGCCGAGCACGAGCUGCUGCACUUUUUGGACCGCGCCCAGCGACCCGGCUGGCACUGGCCGCUGAGGAAACUGUCCACCCCGCCCGAACGUCAGUCGGGUGAGCGUGAGCAGCCCGGUAGAGGUGGCAGCGGCAGGGCGCGCUCGCGGCCCACUCCCCCCUCCAAUGCCAAUGGAAAGACCGGAAAAGUUGACAAAGAUUCCUACUACUGCGACAGGAAUCUGUUUUUGUCUCUACUAUUUGACGCUAAAAUGACCGAAGGUUUCUCGAAAAAUUUAUCAGAAAGUCCGCCGACCGAUUCUGAACCAAUGGCUAUGUUCAUGGUUUUACUCACAAGAAAAGGACUGAAGGAACAGUUCGGAGUCACCGUUUCCUUCAUUGCUACACACACCGGUCUCACCAGGUGGCACGAUUUCCCACUCGGAGUCGACCCUGACGACGCAAAUGUCGAAGGGCAAUUCAGUUCGCACCACAACAAGGCUACGGACGAACUCUGGUACCGGCGGGCUGUGGAGCAGCACAUGGUUCAGCCAGACAGUUUCGUCUAUUCCGUGCCCCACGAGGUAAGCCACCAAAACGACACCCUCAUCACUGCCAGCCACGCUCUCUUCCUCAACAAGAACGAAAGAAGAGCCCCAGUGGCGGUCGUCGGCUUCCAGUUUUUACAGUCGGCUCUGUUCAACCGCUUCCAGAACAUCACCAGUAAGUGCGCGGUACCGAAUUGCAAGAGGACUUGCGCGAGCCAAAACGUAUCCUGCUACCUCCUAGACAACCACGGAUACGUAAUAAUUUCUGACAACCUGCAAGAAAGCGGCCAUUUCUUCGGCGAGAUUCAGGGGUACGUAAUGCAGAAAAUGAUCGAUGAGGGGAUAUACCAGAGGAUAAGGAUUUUCGACUACCAGGCAGUGUGUUUCAAAGGAGACGGAGUCACAAGUGAUGCUACACCAAGCAGAAUGCAAAAACACCACAUUCUCAGUUGGUUCUUUGACUGGAUAGUUAGCAAAUUUCUAUUCCUGUACGUGCAAACGAGUCUGCAAGAUAUUUGGCACAGCUCGUGGGCUUAUCCUAGUGGUGGUGAAGAAGCUUAUGAAGAAAAUUAUGAAGACACAACUGAAUCAGGAAAGCCUGGAGACCGGCACAAACGGACAGAGGGCAAGGUGCUGAUCAACCGCACCAGACCACAAACAUGCGAUCAACAAGUUGACUUGUACCAGCUAAACACACGUCUCAGGUCGCCCAGAGGUUCCAGCGACAAAAAGGGAAAACCGAUAACUAACAAUCAGAAAUACGAAAUUAAAUAUUGCACAAGGCCGUUUUUGAUAGAGCCGGUUGAAACCAGCAAUAUGAUAUUAGUAGUAGUGGACUCAUUAUGCGAGAUCCCGUUCCACGAGAUGACCGUGAUCCCGAAUGAAGUUUCGUACAAUGAAUCUCUAGCGUGCCACCGCCUCCGAGGAAACAUUCUGCCCCGCAAGACCCUGGGAACAUGUAUAAACCACCACCCAAAGGAAAAAGAAAUUGAGCUUUGCGGUCGUGCCAAUCGGCCAAUCCACGCGUGGAGCGGCCUCAUCGUGGCGCUACUCUUUUGGCUUCUGGCAACAGAAUAAUCUCCAUUCAUUGAACCCUACACUGUGAUAAUCGAAACACGCGCUCUGCCAAACCGAGGCAAACGUUUUGCAGCCACAUUCGGCACCGGGUUAAUGUAAAAUGACCAAGUACACGCUCGCUCCUUGAUUAUUUCGGCAUUACCGAUGGAAAAGAUAAAAUACAUUGAUUGUGCAUCACUUGCUACUGUUAUAAAUAAAAUGCCUUGUACAUGUUCAUUGCCACUGUGUCCAUUUCAACAAAAUAAUGACGA